CGACAAUAAACCCACAAAAGAAAGAAGAAGAAAGACAAUAAACGAAGAGAAGAAGAAGAACGUUUAGAAUCUCAUGAAGCAGUGUUACGAAAGCGGGCAUCACUAAAGUCUAAUUAAAUCGUCUUUAAUUAUUUACUUGGUUUGUCAACAGGAUUUAUUAAUACGUUAACUGUUAGCCGUGAGAUUGAGUUUUCUUACCCGGACUCACUGUUGUCUCUGGAGCAGGGAUUCAUUGUCCGGACAGCGUCAUAAACAUCUCCUGACUCAUACAGUUGUUUACUUUGAGUUCACACCUAUAGAGUGAAAGUGAUUGAGAUCUUCAGUGAAGCUCCUCCUACAACAAUCCACCAAUAAAUGCUGGAGUCAAACACACAGAGAAAUCACUCCAUGUGUGACAACUGAAAUCUUCAUGACAUAAUGUUGGUGCCGGUGAAAGAGGAGCUUGAGAAGAUGACAGAUCCACAACCAUGCAGAAUAAAGGAAGAAGAUACUGAGGAACAAAUAGAUAUGAUGGAAGUGAAAGAGGAGAGUCAAGCUGAAGUGGAUGAGAAACAUCAGAUUGUAAAAAUAAACCAUAAUGUUUCACUGAAAGAAACUCUGAAGACAGAAGAAAUAAAGUGUGAAAAUAGUUUCAGAGAAGAUGAACGCCCUGCAGAUCACAAGAGGACUCACAGUGAGGAGAAACCUUUAACAUGUCAACAGUGUGGAAAGAGUUUCAGAACAAAAGAUAACCUUAAAACACACAGGAGGACUCACAGUGAGGAGAAACCUUUCACAUGUCAACAGUGUGGAAAGAGUUUCAGAACAAAAGCUCACCUAAAAGAACACAAGAUGACUCACAGUGAGGUGAAACCUUUCACAUGUCAACAGUGUGGAAAGAGUUUUAGAAAAAAAGUUAACCUUAAAGAACACAUGAGGACUCACAGUGAGGAGAAACCUUUCACAUGUCAACAGUGUGGAAAGAGUUUCAGAAGAAAAGAUAACCUUAAAACACACAUGAGUAGUCACAGUGAGGAGAAACCUUUCACAUGUCAACAGUGUGGAAAGAGUUUCAGAACAAAAGUUAGCCUUAACUUACAUGUAAGGAUUCACACCGGAGAAAAAACACACGCAUGCCAUCACUGUGAAAAGAGUUUUACAACUGUCGGUGACCUUAACAAACAUGUGAGGAUUCACACUGGCGAGAAACCACACGCAUGCCAUCACUGUGAAAAGAGUUUUACAACUGUCGGUGACCGUAACAAACAUUUGAGGAUUCACACUGGAGAGAAACCAUACGCAUGCCAUCACUGUGAAAAGAGUUUUACAACUGCCGGUGCCCUUAAGAAGCAUUUGAGGAUUCACACUGGAGAGAAACCUUACACUUGUCAACUAUGCAGAAAGAGUUUCACCUUUAACUCAGGCCUUUUCCAGCACAUGAAAACUCACAGUGGGGAAAAGCUACACGCAUGCCAUCUCUGUGACAAGAGUUUCCUAGAUAAAGUUAAACUUAAGAUACACAUGAGAAUUCACACUGGAGAGAAACCAUUUACAUGUCAUCUGUGUGGAAAGAGUUUCACAAUAAAAACUACCCUUAACGUACACAUGAGGAUUCACACCGGAGAGAAACCACAUCCGUGCCAUCACUGUGAAAAGAGUUUUAUAACUGCAUGUAACCUUAGAAAACAUUUGAGAAUUCACACUGGAGAGAAACCUUACACUUGUCAUCUGUGUGGAAAGAGUUUUGUUACAAAUCCCAACCUUAAAAUACACAUGAGGAUUCACACCGGAGAGAAACCACAUCCGUGCCAUCAGUGUGGAAGGAGUUUUAGAACAGCAGGUAAACUUAAGACUCACAUGAGGUCUCACACUGGAGAAAAACCUUACAUAUGCUCUCAGUGUGGAAAGAGUUUUUCUUCUGAAAGUAACUUUAAGAUUCAUGCAAGAAUUCACACUGGAGAGAGAGCGUUCACUUGCCAUGAGUGUGAAAAAUGUUUCAGAAGUAGGAGUAACCUUAUAACACACAUGAAAAUUCACAAAGGAGAGAAACCUCACGUGUGUUUUCAGUGUGGAAAGUGUUUCAGUAUGGAGUGUCAACUUAAGAAACACAUGAUAACUCACAGCGAAAAGAAACCUCACGCAUGUCUUCAGUGUGAAAAGAGUUUCAUAGAUAAACGUGGACUUGAGACUCACAUGAAAACUCACACAGAAGAAAAAACUUUCACAUGUCAUCACUGUGGAAAGAGUUUUACAGUAAGACGUGCCCUUGAUGAUCAUGUGAGAAUUCACACCGGAGAGAAACCAUACGCGUGUCAACAGUGUGGAAAGAGUUUCAGGACAAAACCAAACCUUAGUGCACAUUUGAUCACUCACACUAAAGAGAAACCGUUCACAUGCCAUGAGUGUGAAAAGAGUUUCAAAACAAAAGCUAACCUUAAAAAACACGCAAGAUUUCACAAUCAGUAGAAAACAUUCAUGUGUCAACAGUUCUUGUACUUAUUGAAGAGUUUUUUUUUCAUGUCUUAAUAGAAGGGUUGUUAGCAAUUAUUGUUGAUUGUACAGUCACUGGAACAGAAUAGCAUAAACAUGUGACGACUGUCUUAUUGGUUAAUAAAUGUAAUUGCGGCUUAAUGGUAUAAAAGGGGGUAGGUGUUAAUAAGCUUAAGCUUCUACCUACCCCUUUUGAGCAUCAUUUCUAUUUUUCUUUAUUUCUCUUUUUUUGUCUUUCUUUUUUUCUUUACUUGUAUUGUAAUGAAAUUUGUUAUUAUGUUGAUUUUAUGUAUUAGAUGCUCAAAUAAAACUAAAUGAUGAUGA